CACCGGAGCAGCAGCAGCAGCAGCAGGCGGCGGAGGCAUCAGGAGAGAAAGAGGACUGGUGCCACGGGGAGGAAGCGCGCACUCGGGUUUUAUUUUUCUCCAACUACUCCAAAACAUGUCGGACUUUGACAGUAAUCCGUUCGCAGAUCCCGUGGACGUAAACCCGUUCCAGGAUGCCUCGGUCACUACGGCCACCAGCGGAGUCACCGAGAAGCUGGGAGACUACAACCCCUUCUCUGCCCCCGGACAGGGAAGUUACUCUGUGACCGGAACCACCGUCCCCAUCUCUGCAGUGCCCUCGUCCCAACCUGCGGUCCUGCAGACGUCUGUGGAGCAGAGUGCAAAGGGCAACGCGAGUGCUGCUGCGGCGAGUCUGGCCAAACAGCAGGAGGAGCUAGAGAGGAAGGCGGCGGAGCUGGAGAGGAAAGAACGAGAGUUAGAGUCACGCAGUGCACCACGACCCAACUCUGGAGUGAAGGAGAACAACUGGCCUCCUCUGCCCAAGUUCUUCCCGGUGAAGCCGUGUUUCUACCAGGACUUUGAGGAGGAGAUCCCAGAGGAGUACAGGAGGAUCUGCAGGAGGAUGUACUACCUGUGGAUGUUCCACAGUGCCACCCUGUUCCUGAACGUCCUGGGCUGCCUGGCGUACUUCACAGUGAACGCCAACUCACACGGGGUGGACUUCGGCCUGUCCAUCCUGUGGUUCGUGCUCUUCACCCCUGUGGCCUUUGUGUGCUGGUACAGACCCGUGUACAAGGCGUUCAGGUCUGACAGCUCGUUCAGCUUCUUCUUCUUUUUCUUUGUCUUCUUCUUCCAAGUGGUGGUGUACAUCAUCCAGACGGUGGGCAUCCCUGGCUGGGGCAACAGCGGCUGGAUCGCAGCCAUCAGCAUGAUCCAGCAGAACCUGGCUGUGGCUGUCACCAUGAUGGUGGUGGCAGGAUUCUUCACUGUCAACUCUGUACUGGGCGUCAUCCUCCUCAAAAUGGUGCACUCUAAGUACCGGAGGACAGGGGCCAGCUUCACCAAGGCCCAGCAGGAGUUCUCUCAGGGCGUCUUGACCAACCGCACCUUCCAGACCGCUGCCUCCAGCGCCGCCUCCAGCGCUGCCCAGGGAGCCUUCAGCAGAAACUGACCUCACAGCGCCCCCUGGCAGGAGUCUGUGUGAAGGACUAGCUCAUACACUGGCGGAUCAUUUAAAGGGACAUAUUGUGCAAAAUCGACUUUUCAGAGCUUUUAACCAUGUCACUUGUUUUUAACUUCUCAUUGACCCUCUCAGAGUUGUAUUUGGAGUGAUCUUUAUUCUCCUGUAUUCAGGACGUCAUUGCUCCGAUCACUGCUCUUUACUUCGUUCUCCUGUUUAAUUUUCUUAAAGAGGGGCUAUUAUGCAGUUUUGUGCAUAAUGUGUACUAUUGUUCCCUCAUCAAAAACAUGCCUGAAGAGAUUUUAGAUGUCAUUGCUCUAUGUUUCAGUAAUUUAGUGAUCUCUCCUGGGCCCUUUUCCAACCCCUCAUUACUGUUAUGUUAUUAGGUUCUUUUUUCAGACCUAGAGUUUUGUUUUCAUACCUGACAGUUUCGACUGCUCACUAGUGCUCCUCCUCAGAGUGGUCAUGUGAUGUUGCUGUGACGUGUCUGGUCAACUGAUUUAAACAGGUUUUGACGCUAAGUGAGCAGUCGAAACUGUCAGGUAUGAAACAAAACUCUAGGUCUGAAAAAAGAACCUAAUAACAUAAAAUAUCAGAAGACCAAAUGAACCUCAUUGGCCUCCUUACUGUUAGCUCCGCCCACACCCAUGCUCCCAAUUCUCCAUAAAUAUACAAAAACUGUACACAGCAACAAACCUGAUGUGAUGUGCAGUAGUUUCAUUAGCGGGAUGCACGCUGAUUGUGGUACUCUGAAAGGGGAGCGACUUGGCAUAGAGAGCAAAAUGAGUGAAAGUGAAACAUUCAGUGAUAUGCGUGGGCUCCAUAGGAGGGACUUGGAGCAUGGCCCAGCAGAGCAGAACUUUGCGAUGACUUUUACAGAGUAUACCUCAUUGGACACCACAAUUCCCAACCUGUAAAUUAUUUCACUUGUUUCUUUUAUUAAAUCGUUUAGAUCAACAUUGCGAUUUAAAAUGUGCAAAUUAUAACCUAAUGAUCCACGAGUGUCUUAAAGCACAAUAUGUCUUCUUUAAAGUGAAUCCCUAAUUGCAAAAAUCCUAACGUGGUGGCAGGUCACACUACAUCUUUUCAGUCCAAUCUGGUGCAUGCUUGAAGAUCUUCUCUUUAAAUGUAAGUCAUGAUGAAACACUGUGUGGACCAGAGCGACGUUACUCUACUGCUGAAUCACUGUUACUCGGCACGUUUGUUGUGAAUAAUGUAAAGAUUAUACGCUGCUUAUUCUAAUGGAAGGACGAGUUUGAAGUGCAUAUGACAGCUUUCAUGUUUUUAUUAUUAAUACUUUGUUUGGUGGGAUAGUACUCGUGGUGUGGUAAAAAGCUGAGUCAAGUAUAAAAGUAGAAGAAUAGAGAAACACUAAAAAUCCCAUCCAAAAGUGACAAUUUAUACACAAGGAAGGAAUUUUUAUGACAGUUUAAACCAGGGGUGGGCAAACUUUUUGAGUUGUGGGCCACAAAGAGUUCUAAAAUUUGACAGAAGGGUCAGACCAGGAGCUGAUGAAUCCUCAUAAGAGAAAAAAUAACAUGGGAUAUGUAGAAAACAUAUUGAACAUUAAAAUAUCUCAUCAUUGAAACUCAUUACAACAAAAUAUCAGUCUCACAGUAUUUACUAUUUAUUGAAAUUACUUUUAAAAUUGAAAAUUAUUGAAAUUUGAAAUUGAAAAUUAUUAUAUUAUCAUUAUUAUUCAAGUUUGGUGGGCCGGAUUAAAAAGAUUAAAGGGCCGCAUAUGGCCCCCGGGCCGUAGUUUGCCCACCUCUGGUUUAAACCUUCAUUUAUUUAAGUGAUUUAUGUUUAUUAGUCUAAUCACAACCAUUUGUGCAUUUUAGACACUUUUUGACCCUUGUUAACAUCAUGGUUGCUAGGUAACACUUAUGUGUUCAUGUGGUCCUGCAAACCAACACUCGCACAAAUUGGAAAAACAACUCAGGAACUCAGGUGAAACCCUUCUACCAAACUUCCACUCCUGACUUUACCUCCUCUGUGGAGACGGACCAAAAUCAGCUGAUUUGUCCAGUUUUAUUCAACAUUUGAGCUCAUAGUGUGACCAGAUGUCUACUUCCCUGGGACAGUCCCAGUUCUGAGCCCUGUGUCCCCUGUCCCAACAGAUUUAUCUAAAACCACUGAUUUGUCCCAGUUUUAUACAAAAAAUGUCCCUGGUGUCCCUAUUUUGGACCAAUUUGAUCCCUGCCAACAGUAAAGAGAAGCAUAAAUUAUUAUUUGUUUCAGUAAAGUACAGAAAAGCUGCUUAAAAAUGAUCAAAACAAAGAAAAUGUGACUAUACUGACUCACAUUAGUGCCAAGUGCAGAACAAUUUUCUUUAAUUCCUUAAUUACGCUCUCGUUUCACAAUUUUAUUAUUACCAACCAACCCAAACCAGGGAUGUCCCAUUUUUUUAUUUGAUAAUCUGGUCACUCUAUCUUUGACUAAACAUGAUUACAUUUAAUGGUUUACUGUCAGUUAUUAUCCCUUAUCAUCAUAUCAACAGAUUUGCACCAGAAAGACCCAACACUAGUGUAACAUUAACUCUUGUAACUACUGUCAUGUGCACUUAAAACAUAAUGACAAAUGAAGUUUAUUGAAUUGAUGCAAAAAGCCAUACUGCGGAAAUUUACAUUGAGCAGAAACAGCACAUUGAUGAGCAGAAGAACACAUACUGAAUGUAGUUGAUUUUAGUUUCUUUUUUUGUUUGUUUUUUUACUUCUGUCUUUCCUUUUCGCAGCACUGGACUGUGGGUUUGUGCCUUUAUACUCUGUUAGCUUUAGCCUGUUAGUUUUAGCCCAGUGCCUUUAAAAGAACCAAACUGGAGGUGUUACAAUGAUGGUUACAAAUCUGUCUUUACGUGAAUGUUCGGGUCUCUUUUCAACAUGUUUAUAGUGGUGUGUACAUAUAGGUUUGUUAAAAUACGGUAUUUAAACACGGUUCUUAUGGAUACUAAUUAUUGUCGAUUUAAAGUGUAAUAAAUUUUUUGUUUCCA